CAUGAAAACUAAAAUGCGCCUUUUACGAAGAUGGCGCCGAAAGCUAAGAAGGAAGCCCCUGCCCCUCCCAAAGCCGAAGCCAAAGCAAAGGCUUUGAAAGCCAAGAAAGCGGUGCUGAAAGGCGUCCACAGUCACAAAAAAAAGAAGAUCCGCACAUCACCUACCUUCCGACGACCCAAGACUCUGCGUCUCCGAAGGCAACCCAAAUAUCCUCGAAAGAGCGCCCCCCCCAGGAGAAACAAGCUUGACCACUAUGCCAUCAUCAAGUUCCCCCUGACUACUGAGUCAGCCAUGAAGAAAAUAGAAGACAACAACACACUUGUGUUCAUUGUGGAUGUCAAGGCCAACAAGCACCAGAUCAAACAGGCUGUGAAGAAGCUCUAUGACAUUGAUGUAGCCAAGGUCAACACCUUAAUCAGGCCUGAUGGAGAGAAGAAGGCAUACGUUCGGCUGGCCCCUGACUAUGAUGCUUUGGAUGUUGCCAACAAAAUUGGGAUCAUCUAA